GCAACACCAUUCAGCAUUAAAGGUUUCCUGUGAUGUCUGGGCUAUCAAAGGAAUUUGCCACUCAAAGUGAAGCCUCUACAUCACAGGAAGGACUGCAAAACAGGAGACUGAAAGUCACCUUGCUGAGUAGUGAGUGGAGAUCCUCAACUGAUGGAGACUUGUCAACCAUCAACAGAGAACUGGCCAUCCAGUUAGCUAAAUUCUCCAAUGUGGAAGUUAGUGUCUUUCUUCCUUGGUGCAGUGAAGUAGACAGGAGAAAUGCAGAAAGUCAUGAUGUUCAGCUUAUUGAAGCUGAAGAAAUAGUUGGAUUGAAUCCAGUUGACUGGUUGAUCAAUUUUCCAGAUGGACAUGUGAUGGAUUGUGUUCUAGGACAUGGGGUAACUCUUGGCAAACAAGUGCAGUUCAUCAAAAAACAUCACCAUUGCAAAUGGAUUCAGGUUGUCCACACUGCCCCAGAAGAACUUGGAAUUUACAGGAACAUUUCGGAAGGAGAACAACAGCAAGAGGCAGAAGUAAAACUUUGUCAGCUUUCUGAUGAGGUUGUAGCAAUAGGACCCAAGCUGGCAGAUGCUUAUAAACGCUACCUUCGUUCUGUUAAAAAGGAGCAAAAUGUUUUUGAUCUCACCCCUGGCAUUUUCUCUGAAUUUCUAGGUGUAGAACAAGCAGUGGAAGAGAGGAGAACAUUCUGUGUGUUAGUGAUUGGAAGUGGAGACAGCUGUGAAGAUUUCAAUGUGAAAGGUUUUGACAUUGCUGUCAAAGCAAUUGCUGAGAUGAAUGAUACGUCUUACCAACUUCGGUUUGUCUAUUCACCGAGAGAGAAAGGAAAUGAAGUAGCUGAAAAGUUGCUUCAGCAUGGCAUCAGUCGUAAUCAGCUAAUUGUGCGCAGCUCUGAUGACAGCAGAAAAGUGCUAACAAAUUUGUUCUGUGAGGUGGAUCUUGCCAUAAUGCCAUCAAGGACUGAAGGUUUUGGAUUGCCUGGUCUUGAAGCCUUAUCUGCUGGUCUUCCUUUACUUGUCAGUGGUAAUUCAGGACUUGGAGAAGCUCUCAAAGAAGUGCCUUUUGGCUCAUUCUAUGUAAUAGACUCUGAAGAUCCUAAAGAAUGGGCUAGAGAAAUCAAAGCUGUACAUCAAAAGAGUAGGACAGUACGCCUCAGGGAGUCAAAUCUUCUCCGUGACUGUUAUCAAGAAACUUAUGAAUGGGAGAAACCUUGCAAGACCCUAGUAGAAAAGAUGCAGUACCUUGCACUUGGGUCAAUAGAAAUCAGAUCGACUACACCAGUCAGGAAGAAGAGGCCAUCAUCCCUUGCCACUGCUGAUAAACCUUCCAAGAGAAUCAGACAAGAGUUGACUCCUCCUAAUCAGCCUGGUGCCCUGGAAGGCUCAUCUGGUUGCCGUUUUGAAGAUUCCUCUGUUGAAUAUGGACAAUUUCCCUCAGCUCCUGACAAACUCAGUUAUCAGAGAAAACACAUUGAGAGUCGUAAAAACCCGACAUCUGAGGAAAGAGAUCUGUUUGAAGAUCGUACUCUUUCUUUUUUUACGGAAUUUCUCAAAAGAGAGUACAACAGACGGGCUCGUAUAAACCCACUCUUUUGGGAUAGCAAUUUCAUGCUACGUCUUGACGAUGUUUAUACAAGAUUGUCAAUCGUCUCUAGAAGAACAACCGAUUUCAAGUUGGAGGACAACGAAGUGAACAUGUCUGACAUCUUUAACACUCUGAACAAAGGUGACGACGCCAUGGUUUUAGUGGAAGGAAGCCCUGGAAUUGGAAAGACAACUUUUUGUCUUAAAAUCUCUCAUGACUGGGCGAACAAGAAAACCGUAAAUGAAUCUACUUUCCCAGUUUUUAAACUUCUGCUGCUGCUGAAAUGCCGAAACAUCCAUGGGAAUAUAUGCGAAGCCAUUUUUGAUCAGCUCUUCCCCAAUGAUAUGAAGAAAAGGCCAAGAAAAGGCUGCUAAAUUACAUCGAAGACAUUCAUAAUCA